GUUUCAGAAAUCCGAGGUUCGGAGGAAGAGGUGAGUUAGUUUUUCCCAAAGAUCCGUUGGAGAAGUCAGGGCAGCGUGUUGACGGGUGCUUGCUUGAGGAUAGUGUGGUUGCAAGAAACUGUGAAAGUAUAACUAGCUUCUGGAUUCCAUUGUUUUGGGCAUCUUGAAAGAUAAAUAACCCAGAAAAUAAAAAUCAAGAGGCUGUUUCAAACCGAUCAAACUUAGAUACUUGGCAUUGAAGAAUAGAUUAUUUUAGCAACUUCUCUGACUCAUCCUUGUGUCACUGGAAUUCUUCCCCGUAAGAGUUGGAAGCAGACCAACACCUGUUGUUCCGCUACAAUGAUGCAGUGGUUAAAUAGAUCUCCGUACAAAACCCUCUCUAUCGCACCAGAUGCUGAAUGGAGUCGUCACCAAAUCACGAUUUAAUUCGCAGAUCUUAAGUUCUUUGCACACCAAGAAGCAAACAACAAGCAACGAAGCAUCUAGUAAACAGAAGUCAUUAUACGAUGGAAUAAUGUAAUCCUUCAGAACUAAAUUACAGACAAAUUACUUAGCUAAAGUUUUAUGACACCAACAUGAAAGAAUCUCAAUUGUAACGAAGUUGGCAGUUGCAUUUCUUCAUCUUUUUACAUAACAGUUCAAACAUUUCGUAUACAAUGGUGUGGUUAAAUUGCUUCUUUUCAGUCAGCUGAGUGGAAUAAAUCAAAAGACGUUAGAAUUUAUUAAUAUAUUCUCUCUCCGAAGUGUGCAAUUUACCACCAACCACCAUGUCUGGCCCUUGGUUUCGUAUGGACCAACUUUUGAAAUGUUCGGUGUGUUCGGACAGGUUUCGGAAUCCGAAACUUUUGCCUUGUAACCACACAUUCUGUGCAGAGCCCUGCCUUUCGAGAUGCAUCGAAAAGGGCAAAGGAUCAGUGAAAUGUCCGGAAUGUUCCUCUGAGCAUCGACUUCCCAUCAAAGGUGGCGUCCAGGGAUUUCCGCACAAUGUGACCUUAGGUCGUUUCCUGGAACUCCGUCAACAGGUCAGUGGGGUUGAACCCGAUCUUCCGGCUUCCAUGCAGAGGUGUAAUACUUGUAAAGAGAAAGGCCAGUUGGAGAUGUGUGCUCACUGCAAUCGCAAAGUUUGUAAAGAGUGUAAAGCAGCUCAUGUGAAAAUUCUACGAAAAGAAAUCGCCCUCAUCAAUGAGCAAGUAAGGGAAGGCCUUCAGCAACUCAGCAAAUCCCUUCAUGAUACUGAGGAAAAUGCUGAUAAACUACAGAAGAACUAUAGCCAGGUGAAGGAUGAAAUUGAAGAAGUUAUACGACGCUAUACAAGAGAUUUGUUAAGCACAGAAGCAAAAUUAAAACAUCACCUAGAUGUGUAUCUUAAAACAGAACUCAGGAGUAUGAAAAAACUGGAGCACGAUCUUCAGAUCGAACUGAAUAAUGUCAACAGCAACUGUGAUUUAGUAGAUAAAUAUGUUAAUAAUGGAGUAGACUGGACUGACGCAGAACUAACUGACUACAAAGAAAUAUUCAUGAAAACUUUGGACUUCUUAAGAGCUUUUGACUCUGACCCAACGGAUUGCGUCCGAAAGGUCAAAUUUCAUCCCCGCUCAGAUCCAGAUGUUAUUCACAAGACCCUUAUAGACUUUGCUGAAGUAAAAUUGAAUGAUGAAGUUAUACACAAUCCCGUUCCCAAUGGGGAAACCCAAAAUGGUGGUAUGUACAAUAGUUCCACAAAUGUGAAUGGCCCUACUGUAACUCUAACACCACCCCAAGGCAGCGCCUUGUCGAGGAGUCAAAGUGACCACAAAUUGUGCAAUCAAAGACAAUCUCAAAAACGAAAAGACAAGAAUGAGGAAAUUGAGCCUUUGUCGAGGAGAUUUAGGGACAGAUUUGUCAAGGACAAAGAAAGUUCCGAGAGAGAUAAUUCCAACAAUCGAGAUCACUCUCCUUCCUCUUGGAGGAGAGAGCUGGAUGAUGUCAGAAGCAGUCAAAAGAUACGUUUUGCGUCCAGAGAAGCUAUUGAUGAAAUCGGAGACUACGAAGUGGAAAAUACGUCUUCCAGGAAUCAUCAGUCACUCUCUCCGGUGAGAGAUGGGGUCAGUGAGACGGAGGAUGCCACAAAGGGACCUCUAAGUGGGGUCAUCAAGAUACUGGACAGUCCCCACGUGAUGGAAAGGUUGCACCAUAGUGAAGUGAAGCAGAAGAAACAGAGGGAGGAAGAGGAAAGGAAGGCUAAAAUGCCGAAACCUGCUCCUCCUCCUGUUUCGAGGCCCAUGACGAGACAAUUGAGCGAAGACGAAAUCGAAAAACAGAAGAAAGCAAAUAAAGCAGCUGCUGCUGCCUCUGCAGCGACGAACACAGCAUCCAAUACUGCAACAGCUAAGGCUACUUCAGGAACAGAAACUUCAACUAAAACUUCAAAGCCGUCCAUUCUGAAAAAAGAUGACGAACCUACAAGCCGUUCCUAUAGUUCAAGGUACGGUUCAACUCGGUCAUCUGUCGAUGAUACUAGUACACCAAAGCCAAGAAACAGAACUUCCAUUGAAGAACCUGCUGGUAGGCAAAGCCCAAGAGAAGAAACGCAAACACCCCCGCCAAGAAUCAGAAGCUGGAGAACCACUAGUAGUGCUGCUACUGAACGAGAUGUUUCUUUGAGUCCUCCUAGUUCACCAACCAGGAAUAGAGAUACCCAAAAACCACCUGUUUCUCCUAGGCCUCCCCCAAGCAGCAACAGACCUGCGGGUCGCUCGUACUUAACAAAAAAUUCCUCUUUGGAUCGAGAGGACUCUCCCACCGAAACCACCAAAUCUCCUUCUUUGAUGCAACGCCGUUCGAAUCUAAGUUCUGCCGGCCGUCCUAGUGCUUUGGACAGAAAGGACGACCGGCCAAGCCUGCGCCUCGCCAUAAGGCCAGAUCACAAUUCUCCGCCCAUCAGUGAUAGUAGCUCUAGUUCUGACAGUGAAAGUGACGAGGUGGACAGUGAAACCGCUGUGAAUAGAGGUGACAUAAGUCCGUCUGUCAACACGCUUCUUGCACGAAGUGCUCAGGCCAGGAAGCAGAGUGCCUCGACUCAGGCUAGGCUCUUAGGUCGACCUGACGACAAACUUCCAAGGCCAGGCACCAGAUCAUGGCGAGAUAAUAUUCGAAAAGAUGACGAACCUUCCAGGGAUAAAGAUAGUAUCUCAUCGUCAAGGCGUAAAACAGCCACUGUGGCCGAACCAGAAGGGCGCGUUUCACCAUACAGUCGAUUUCUCGAACGUCGGCGUUCCAGUGUCAAUUCUGGUGCACAAACAAGAGAUAAGAGUCCCGAGGAUAACAGCUACGCUGCCAGGAAGAAUCGCAUUGCUAGAAGCAAAAGUUCCCAUGAUUUGUAUCCAGCUGAUGACAGCCCCGAGGAUGAUGUCUUGACAGCCAUCAGAAAUAGGUAUCGAGCCCGAAGAAACAGGGAGGCCAGCCCUGAGGAAACGCCCCCACAUUCAUGGUCUCAGUACAUGAAGAACAAGUAUGGGUCUGGUCUGGUACGGAGUAGGACCUCAGCAUCUCUUGCCGUUCCAAAAAGCGACAGUGAGAACAGUUCUGAUGAAGAUACUCCACCACGAAGGCGUGAGUAUGGCAGGAGAGGAGACAGCAGCUCGCCACGUGGGUUCAGUCUCCCACGAAGGACUUACAUGCAGAAAGGAAAGUCUUGCAUUAAAUUCGGUUCGAGAGGAGCUGAUGUGGGACAGUUUACGUGGCCAAGAGGGGUUACUGUUGGAACUGAUAAUACUAUUGUUGUGGCAGAUAGCAAUAAUCAUAGAGUGCAGGUAUUCACGUCGAACGGGAAGUUCAUUCAGCAGUUCGGAUCUUACGGCAGCAGUGAAGGUGAAUUUGAUUGCCUGGCUGGUGUGACUGUUAACAGAAUUGGGCAGUUUAUAGUGUCCGAUCGCUACAAUCAUAGGCUACAGGUGUUCGAUCCGAACGGACGAUUCAUAAGAGCAUUCGGAUGUGAAGGCAGAAUGGAUGGGAAGUUUAGUUACCCUUGGGGAGUAGCAACAGAUAACCUGGGAUUCAUCUACGUAUGUGAUAAAGAGAAUCAUCGAAUACAGGUGUUCCAGGGAGACGGGACGUUCGUCACAAAAUUCGGAGGCAUCGGGCAACGCCCUGGAGAGCUGGAGCAUCCCCACUACGUGGCCGUCAGUACAACAAACCGAGUGAUCGUGAGCGACAGCAACAAUCACCGCAUCCAGAUCUUUGACGUGAACGGCCGCUUGCUGUCCACUUUCGGCACCGAGGGGUCAGAAGAAGGCCAGUUCAAGUACCCACGAGGUGUAGCUGUGGACGACCAGGGGUAUCUGAUCGUCGGAGACAGCGGAAACAACAGAAUACAGAUAUUCCAUCCCGACGGGACGUUCCUGAAAGCAUUCGGCACAUGGGGUUCUGGAGACGGCGAGUUCAAAGGCUUAGAAGGGGUAGCAGUGUCUCCGACGGGACAGAUACUGGCUUGCGACCGCGAAAACCAUCGCAUUCAAGUCUUCUAAAACUCAUCAGCGAAGCCUCCAAGCUUGCAAGCGAGCGUUAAAAUGCGAGUUUACAUGUCCAUACUUCCAAGCUGUAAUGAAUCCUUUGAAGUGUUUAAUCUCUUCUUCCUCUUCUUCAAUUCCCGUGUUUUGUUUUGGCUUUGCUUGCACUGUAUAGCUUUGAAGAGCAAAUUUGUACAAUGGACACAGCCCGAAAUUUUAAUUUAAGACCUGAUCCAGUUUUACACAUUGUAUCAUUUUUUUGUAACUUAUGCUAGAACUAAUAAAAAUGUAUUCUCUUCAAA